CUGGAGAUCCCUUCUUGGUGAAGCUUUUUCCUGUGAACCUGGAAUCUUCUGAUGCAGACAAAUCACGCACGGGCAGACGCACGGACCGCUGUUGUGACUUGCGAUUGUUCCCUUCCUCCUUUGUUGCUGUGAGCUCUGUGUUGAAGAGGCGCUCGAACGAAGGCGCUCCCUGGUGCAGUAAUGAAGAGCUGUGCUCUCUAGAAGCAGCUAGUUAGAACAUAGCUGCUGGAAGGAUAGAAACGCAGAAGAUAUGCGAUGAGAUAGUUGUGUAAUAUAUUUAUACGGAAAUGAGCUUAUUUAUAACGAACUUAAAGGGAAGACAACGGCAAGCUUGAAAACAACAGUGAGCCCGGCAAAAAUCAGUACCGGAGUACCACAGAAGUUUAUUAAAAAAAAAAAAAAAGCAAACCAUGAGCGAAAUGCUCGUGCCUACAAGGCAGCUGUACUUUGUUUUGCUAAACGCUGUGGGAUGUUUACAGCUCUAUUUAAUUUUGAGAGUAAGCGUAAAGGAAGCCCACGCGCUGAGCCCCCUUCCUCCCGCGGGGCGCUCCUGCGCAUGCGCGCUGCCGCCACGCUUUUGAGCGGCGCCCGUAUCUCCCCAGUAACCGCGUCUCCAAUCCGCGCGCUGCAAGAUGGCGGCCGCGGGAAGUGCGGCGCGCGGCAGCGGAGGGCCGUAGGGUAGGGGCGUUCCCGGCCCUCGCGGCGCCGUGCAUGGAGCCCGUCGGCAGCCCGCUGGACCCCGGGCUCUCGCAGCAGGGAACGCCGCGUCUGAUCGUGGAGGACUCGCAGCCCGAGGGCGCCGGCCCGGAGCGGGACGCAGAGCGGGCCCGCCUUGGCGCGCUGGCUCGCCGGCUGCCGCUGCGGCGGAGCCCCGUGCUGGAGAUCGUCCGCGGGGCGGCCCGGGAGCGGCCCGCAGCUGAGAGCGGAGCGCGCGGCCGCGCUGGCGGCGCGGUGCUCGCGGGGCCGAUGGAGAGCGCCGCCGAGGAGACGCCGCCGCCCGGCCCGGACAGCAGUGCCCGCGGGAAGGCCGCAGGACGAUGCGAAGGGGAUGAUGAGGACUGUCCUGCCUCGCCGUACGCGGAAGAUGCAGGAACAUCACAGCUGCAGUUUGGAGUUCUGGAGCUCUCGCAGAGCCAGGACCUGGAGAGUGAUGUCACAUCCGAUGAAGAUGUUAGGAAUCAGCUUCACUCUGGAGCUGCUGUCUUUUCUUCUUCCAGAACUGUGAAGAAUGAUAUUAAGGAUGAACUGAAUGUGAAAAGCAGGGAAACUGUCACCAGCAUAGAAACACAUUCUGCUUUGGAGGGCCAUCUGAAGGCAUUUAAAGGAACACCGCUGGAUGCAGAAGAACACUCCAGGAAAGUGAUGCCUGUCUCUGAUUCGCCUAAAACUGAGAAAUGCGCUGACCCAGGUCACGAGGAGUCGGAUAUCUUGUCGACUCAGGAAGAGAUGUUUCCUGAAAAUAAUGUGACAGUUGCUGCAGGGAGUGACUGUCUUGUAACCAGAGUGGAAGAGGGAAGUUCUCUGGCAUGUACCCCUGCCCGCAGCCUGCACCUCCUGCAGCUCUCUGGACAGGGAUCCCUUGUGCAGGAGAGCUGUUCCACUGGCUCUCCAGGUGUAGUUGUUCCUUCUCCUGUUGGCCUAGCAUCCAAUGCUCUCAUCCCUGGCAGUCCUACUGAACAGGACCAAUCAGAAGAUGAACGUGUGGAUGUCUCUACCGCUGCUGAAGGAAGAGAGCUGGUGCAGAAGGGACAGAAGGAAAAGAGACUGAUGCAGGAGGAGCAGAAGAGAGAUGAGCUAGUGGAGAUGGUUAUUCCAUCAGGGCCUCCUGUUUUGCCACAGGCUUCAACUCCAGUGUCCCAGACUGCCCCAGCCUUCUUUCCUGAAUCUUUACCUAUACCAUCACAACCAGUGUUCUCUCAUGAUAUUUUUGUUCCAACUCAGAGUCCAGAGAAGAAUGAGGGAGAAGAAAAAGCUGCUGUUUCAACCUAUUCAUGUAUACCAGGAGACCUUUCUGGACCCGCAGAUACUUUGUCAAAGAUGCCUGUGGAAGACUCUGUGUCACAGCCUUCCGAGUCCUGCAAUCUGAUGCUUUCUGCAAGUGGAUGCAGCCAGCCCACAAACACACAAAUCAGUUCAGACUCUCUGAAAACUGGCCGUGAUAAUGAAGCUACACAGAUCCAGGUAACUUCUGAAUGUAGCAUUUCAGACUUGAGACUCUCUUCUGUGGCGAAUGGCAACGGAAAAAUGAGGCUGGAUGCUGGACAUCAAGCCCUCUCUGAGAACUGUCAAAAACCAAAACAGGAGGAUAUACGUACUGCAGGAAAGCCUGUAAUGCAGUUAGGUAGUACAGAAAUAGCAGGAGAUGAGACAUUAGACCCUACAGCCCAUCAGGCUCAUGGGUGUAUUUCUGGAAGUCAGGCUGCUGCAGAUCAGUCUUGCCCUGAGAUUUCAUCCUGUUGUGACAGAAGAGAAGCUCAGUUAAAGGAUUAUUCACUGAGAGGCAGUUCUCAGUAUGAGGCAAUUCCUGAGACUCAGCCUGAAGAACAGGAAGAGAGGAUGCAUAUAGCAGAGAAGCAGAUGAAUGAAGACGACUCUCUUGUUAACACGAUUGUCUCUCAGAGGUUCCUUCUUGAAGGGAAGGCAGAGCACCACGAAGAGAUGGAAGUAGAAUUUGCUGGUGGUUCUUGUGAAAAUAGCAAAAAACUGUCUGUUGAGACUCAAGGACUUAAAAAGAUUAGACUAGAAUGCUGCCGAAAAGAAACUUUAAAAGAUGGUACUUUUGGCACUGGAGAAGCAAAGAAUGUGGAUAAACUGUCCUCUAAAGCUGCUUCAGAAAGCGUGCCAAAGCUGAAUGAAGUUUUAUCUAAGCCUUCUGUAGGGGAGUUAUUAGAACAGCACAAUUUGUUUCCUAAAUUGAAGAUUGACAUUCCAUCUGAGAUGGCAUUGUGUGCCAAAAGCUGUGCACAAAGUUCAGAAUUACAUCAGAUAAUGGAGACUCAACCACAGCAGCAAGAGAGGGAAGCUGACAUGCUGAUGACUCAGCAGGAGAAUCAGGUGCCAAAGAAUACAGUGAUUCCUGCUAUGACAGUGAAUCUGGAGCAAGAAGAGCAGAUGCAGCCAGAGGAGCAGACAGCUAAGUCCCCCAGUCCUUCCAAUGGAACACCAUUUCAUUUCACUUUGCCAAAGGAGGGUGAUACCAUUCAACCACUGACCAGCGUAACACCACCUCUCACUGGCCAACUUAAAAUGGGACCUAGAAGACACAGCACACCAAUUGUAGAUGAUAAUUGUCCAGACAGCACGAUAGCAACGAGUGACGUUACAGCAGAGGGCACAAUGGGGACCAACAGUGUCACUGUGGAAAGUGCAGUGGUGUCAGCAGACGUGUCAGAAGUGUGUGAAAAAGGAGAUUCUUGUGCAGUUCCUGAGGCUGAUGUAAAACUCUCUCUACGAAUGAACCUUGUUACCCCCAUGAAUGAUGGGAGCGACGAAUCCCUACCAUUCAGCUUGGAAAAGCCCACAGCCAGUGAUAGGAAAACUGGAUCCUCUGCUGCUGCCAGCUCCCAGAAAGCAUCAUCUGUAUUUAGUCGUGUCUGUGAAGUUCGGCGAGAGGAGGAGGCUAGAGACCACAGCCUUUCAGCUUCUCCACUUAGGGGAAAUCCACUCGGCUUUCCUGGCAUGGAAAAGAAUGCUGAAAUACGUGAAAAUCCUAGUGAUCAGCAGCACAGAGCAGAUGACAGUGGUGAACAGCCCCUAAUACUUCAGAGGCUGCAGCAGGGCUGCCAUCAACAACCUUCUUGUACAGAGCAGAAAGAGUCGGUGGAGGCUGGUAUUGUAAUAAUUCAGAUAGAAGAAGGGGCAAGAGCGCAGCAGAAACCAACAACGCAAACAGCAGAAGAAACUUAUAGGCGAGUGGAUGUGGGAACCAGUAUGUGUGGGCAAAGACCUGGGCGACAAGAUGUAAACAUCCAAACUGAGGAGGGUGGACAAAAGCUUGUGAAUACCCCUGCAGAAGACACAGACUCUCUACACAGUCAGGGAGAGGAUGAAUUUAACCUUCAUCCUCCCAGAGGUCAGGUUCAGCGUCGCCAUGUGCGAACUAUUCGAGAGGUGCGCACUGUGGUUACCCGUGUUAUAACAGAUGUUUACUACAUAAAUGGUGCAGAGGUGGAACGGAAGGUAGUUGAGGAAACUGAGGAGCCUGUAGUGGAGUGCCAGGAGUGUGAGACUGACACAUCCUCCUCUAGAACUACAGUUGGCUCAUCACUGACUUCAGGGGACCUUGGUGAUGUCAGCUCCUUUUCUUCUAAGGCCUCAAGCCUCCACCGCGCAUCCAGUGGAGCAAGCAGCAGUCUCUCUGCCACACACAGCAGCAGUUCAGCACGAGGCACUGGAGCUGUCAAAGGGAAAGUGUGUGGUACAGAAAGUGGAGAGUUUGCUUUACCCAUUGGCAGAGGUGUCUUAGGGAAACUAAGCCCUAGGAAAGGAGUUGGUCAACCAGUAUCUCCUCUCAGAGUUAGUCAGGCAGGAGCAGCACUUCUGUGUGAGGAAGAGGAGGACUCUAUGGUUGGUCCUCGCCAGGGUGGCAAAGCACCUGUGACACCUCGUGGGCGAGGAAGAAGAGGCCGCCCACCGUCCCGAACAACUGGAACAAGAGAUUUGGCUGGGAUUCCUGUUUUGGAGGAUCUCUCAACUACAGGAUCACCUGAGGAGAAAUCAUUUGUUCGUACAAUUCGCCUACCAGAUGGAGGGGAGAAGUCUGACACAUCUGGCUUCUGUGCCUUACGUCGAAGCGACUCUCCAGAAAUCCCAUUACAGGUGGUGGCUGGUCCUUCAGACUGUGCAGACUCAUCUGCUGGGAGCAGCUUUGUGGGCCUCAGGGUUGUAGCAAAGUGGUCUUCAAAUGGGUACUUCUAUUCUGGGAUGAUUACUCAAGAUGUUGGAGCGGGGAAGUACAAACUUCUCUUUGAUGAUGGAUAUGAAUGCGAUGUACUAGGAAAAGAUAUUUUGCUCUGUGACCCUAUCCCAUUGGAGACUGAAGUAACUGCGCUCUCAGAGGAUGAGUACUUCAGUGCAGGUGUAGUGAAGGGGCACCGGAAGGAGUCUGGAGAGCUAUAUUAUUGCAUUGAAAAGGAAGGCCAGAGGAAGUGGUACAAGCGAAUGGCUGUGAUCCUGUCUCUGGAACAAGGAAAUAAGCUCCGAGAGCAGUUUGGACUAGGUCCUUAUGAACCUGUCACCCCCCUGACUAAGGCAGCUGACAUCAGUCUUGAUAAUCUCGUGGAGGGGAAGCGGAAGCGACGCAGCAACCUUGUCUCUCCCAGCUCCUCCAGUAGUAGCACAACUCCCACUCGUAAAGGGAUGGAAAGUCCACGUGUGCCACCAGGUGUACUUUCUGGCAAGAGGAAACUUGUUGCUUCUGAGGAAGAGAGAUCCCCAGCUAAACGUGGCCGUAAGUCAGCAACAGUAAAGCCUGGGGCUGUGAAAACAGGAGAGUUUGUGAGUACCUGUGAAGGCAUAGAUCCCCCACUACUGGAGGACCAUCAUGGACCAUUGCCACACAAUAAGACUCUCUUUUUGGGCUAUGCCUUUCUUCUCACCAUGGCAACACCCAGUGACAAACUGGCCAAUUGCCUGAAGCCUUCAGAUGGUCCUGCAGGGAGUAGUGAGGAGGAAGAAGAGUUCUUAGAGAUUACUCCGUAUAACAAACAUUAUAUAGCACAGCAGCUGCGAGCAGGAGCUGGCUAUAUCCUGGAAGACUUUAACGAAACACAGUGUAAUGCAGCAUAUCAGUGUCUUUUAAUUGCGGAUCAGCAUUGUCGAACACGGAAAUACUUGCUGUGCCUUGCCCGAGGGAUCCCUUGCGUGUCUCAUAUCUGGGUUUACGAUAGCUGUCAUGCUAACCAGCUUCAGAAUUAUCGGAAUUACCUUUUGCCAGCUGGGUACAGCCUGCAGGAGCAAAAAUUGCUAGAAUGGCACCCACGAGAAAACCCAUUCCAUAACCUGAAGGUUCUCCUAGUAUCAGAUCAGCAGCAGAAUUUCCUGGAUCUGUGGUCUGAAAUCCUUAUGACUGGUGGAGCAUCUUCUGUUAAACAGCAUUUUUCAAAUGCUAGCAACAAAGAUAUUGCACUGGGUGUUUAUGAUGUGGUGGUGACUGAUCUUUCCUGCCCAGCUGUUGUCUUGAAGUGCGCAGAGGCAUUAAGGCUGCCUGUUGUCUCACAAGAGUGGGUGAUCCAGAGCCUUAUUGCUGGAGAGAGAGUAGGCUACAACAAGCAUCCAAAAUACAAACAUGAUUAUGUCCCUCAUUAAGCUGAAACUUUGUCCUGCUGCCCCAUCAUUGUGCAGACUGUUUUAAUCAGGUUUUAAAUGUUUGUGGAAUUGGACAGCGUGCAUGUUUUAUUGUAUAUAGUUUUAUCUGCUGAACUUUUAUCAUGAAAUAAACGUUCAAUCUCUUGUGUUA